AUGGACCAACUACCCCCUCAUCAAGCCCAGAGAGGGCCGAUACAUCUGCACCAGCCUGUCGCUGUGCCACCCAAUGCCGUUCAUGGCCCCAAUGGCCUGCUGGCAAAUGCUGCUGGUGGCCAUGGCCAGAUUCCAAAUGCUGUCUUUAGCGGCGGUCCCGUACAACCUGCUACUCAAUCGCAGGCUAUGCUUGUGCCCAUGCAGCCUGGUGCCGCUCAGCCUGCGAAUGUCGGCCAGGGCCAGCAGCCCAUUUUGAACGUACGUCCGCUCUCUCCUUCCCAUAUCCCUCACACCACUGAUCGUCGACAGGAUGCAUUGAGCUACCUCGACCAGGUCAAGGUGCAAUUUGUCGACCACCCGGACGUUUAUAACAGAUUCUUGGAUAUCAUGAAGGACUUCAAAAGUGGAGCUAUUGAUACCCCCGGCGUCAUCGAACGUGUCUCGACCCUGUUCGCGGGUAACCCCGAGCUUAUUCAGGGCUUCAACACUUUCUUGCCUCCAGGCUAUAGAAUUGAAUGCGGCACGGGCGACGACCCGAACGCCAUCCGAGUAACGACUCCUAUGGGAACAACCGUCCAGGCUAUGCCGGCACCUCGACCUCUUUCGCCGCGCACCGCUGCUCCGACCCAAGAUGGGAACAACCAAGAAGGACCCUUCUUCGCUGCCGUCAACAGACAGGCCAACGGCAAUUGGACGCCCCAAGCAGCCGGUCACUCUCACGUUAUCCACAGUCCCAGCGGUCGUCCAGUAGGUACCGCGCCUUUUACUUCGCAGAUGGGUCCACAGCAGGCCGCCGCUAUUGCCGAGGCUCAAGCUCGUGAGCAACAGGCUUUGAGUCUUCAACAGGAACAGCGUGUCUCGCAGUUGCAGAAUGCCGUCUCUGCUGCCGCUGGUGACAACCUUGCCAGAGCUGGAAUCAUGUCUCCUGGUGCAGGGGCCGCUGCGCUUGCUCAGGGAGAGAUGGUGAUCGGUCCAGAUGGACAGCCUAUGGGCAACGAAAAAGUGAGACCACAGGUCGAGUUCAACCAUGCCAUCAGUUAUGUCAACAAGAUCAAGAAUCGUUUCCAGCAACAGCCAGACAUUUACAAGCAAUUUUUGGAGAUCCUGCAGACUUACCAGCGCGAGUCAAAGCCCAUUCAAGACGUCUACGCCCAGGUAACGAGGCUUUUCAACUCGGCACCAGACCUUCUGGAAGAUUUCAAACAGUUCCUCCCGGAAUCUGCCGCGCACGCGAAGGCUGCAGCUGCUGCCAGAGCGCAGCAACAAGAAGAGUCUGUCAUGCUUAGUAACGUACGUGGUGAUCCGUUCUACCAGGCCCCACAACCGCACCAGACUCCCAGAGCCGAACAUCGCCUUCCUCCAGUCGGAAACUUUGCGCCUACUCCAACUGUCAACAAGGACAACAAGAGAAAGCGCGGUGACAGGCAAGGAACCGUCACCAACGUCGGUCCUGAGACGAAUGGUCUUGCAAAGGCCCCAGCCUACGGUCAGAUGGCCAGUGGCACCAAACGCGCUAAGCAGACACACGCCGGCAGACAAGCCAUGGCAUCAGAUCUCCCUCCCACUUCACCGACUCUGGUUCCUGCACUCCCCGAGCCUCUGCCACCAACUCAGAGUACUCUCGCGACGGCCGACGAGAUGAGCUUCUUCGACCGCGCCAAGAAGGCCAUUGGUAACAAGGCUGCCAUGAACGAGUUCCUGAAGCUCUGCAACCUUUUCUCUCAGGAUCUCAUUGACCGUGUCACCUUGGUUCAAAAGGCUCGUGGCUUUAUCGGUAGCAAUCCGGAUCUCUUCCAAUGGUUCCAGAUGUGGGUUGGUUACAACAAUGACGACGUGACUAUCGAGAAUAAGCCCAGAGCUCCUCAAGGCAGAAUCUCGUUGAGCAACUGCAGAGGACUUGGACCUAGUUACCGUCUCCUACCCAAGCGGGAGCGACUGAAGCCCUGCCGUGGACGUGAUGAGCUCUGUAACGAGGUGUUGAACGACGAUUGGGCCUCGCAUCCUACAUGGGCCUCUGAGGACUCCGGUUUCAUCGCCCACAGGAAGAACGUCCACGAGGAAGGACUCCACAAGAUCGAGGAAGAACGUCACGACUAUGACUUCAAUAUCGAAGCUUGCUCGCGUACGAUCCAGCUUCUCGAGCCCAUUGCACAGCAAAUCCUUCGCAUGAACAACCGUGAAAAGGAAGCUCUUGAGAUCCCUCCUGGACUUGGCGGCCAGAGCGAGACCAUUCACAAGCGUAUUAUUAUGAAGCUUUAUGGACGUGAAAAGGGCCAUAUGGUUGUUCAGUCGCUCCACGCACAGCCCUACAAGGUUAUUCCUGUGCUGCUCAACAGACUAAAGCAAAAGCUCGAGGAGUGGAAGCAAGCACAGCGCGAGUGGGAGAAAGUCUGGCGCGACCAGACACAGAAGAUGUUCUGGAAGAGUUUGGAUCACCAAGCUGUCAACGCCAAACAGGCUGACAAGCGUCAAUUCCAGACCAAGACUCUUCUGGGCGAGGUCCAUACCAGAUACGAAGAGACGAAGAGGCAACGCCUGGCUGGACAAAAUCCGCGCAACCAACCACAGAUGACCUUCAAGUUCGAAGACACGAGCGUCAUCAUCGACGCAUCGCAUCUGGUUCUCUUGUAUGCCGAGCAGAUGCACUCUACCGAGUUCCCAAGAUUGACUUCUUUCAUCCGAGAGUUCAUCCCUCUCUUCUUCGGUCUAGACCAAGAGUGGUUUGCCAAUCAGAUCAGAGCUAAAUUUGGUGAUACUCCUCACAUGGACGUUGGUGAGGAUGCAAUCUCGGCCUUCGACGAUCCCAUCAACGCAAGGCCCCGCAAGCCAACAACCAAGAAGGGCGAUCUUCUGCGUGGUGUCCUUGAACGUGGCCGCAAGAACCGCAAGGAUGAUGGCAGCAACACUCCCCUUAGCCGAGCAUCAACACCCGACAAUGCGUCCAACGUAGACGAAGAGAUGAGCGAUACUGCCAACGUGGUUGACGAUCUAAAGUCCGACAUCGCUUUGGAUACCUGGGCAUCCCAUCCUCUAGCGGGUAAUGUCCACAAGGACAAGGAGCUAUAUCUCAACCAGAUGUACUCGCGCACCAGAUUUAAUCUGUACGGCAAUGCAACCAUCUACUGCUUCAUCCGGGUCUUCGUAUUCUUGUACGAGCGCCUGAACAACAUCAAGCAGGCUGAAGCUGAUGCACACAUCACCGUCGAUCGUGCAAUGGCCCCCAAGCCAGCCACUGAGCUUGGCAUAGUAGACAAGCUCCCUACAGACUUCUUCACCAACGUCAGCGAAGGUUCCAAUUUCUAUCGUCAGAUUCUCGGCAUGUUCGAGGAUCUAAUCAAGGGAGAUAUUGAUAUGGCGCACAUCGAAGAGACAUUACGAAGAUACUACCUGCAAUGCGGAUGGCAGCUCUACUCUUUCGAUAAGCUUCUCGGUGCCUUGGUACGUUUCGCUAUCGGCAUGCUUGGAAGCGAAAGUGGCAAGGACAAGAGCUGGGAUAUCCUUCAGCUGUUCCGCAAGGAUAGAGCAAAGGAUGAGACCUCCUUCCAGGACGAGAUGAACUACAGAAAGCAGACCGAAAAGUACACCAAGGAUCUUGACAUCUACGGAAUCUCAUACGACCAAGCAAUAUCCGAGGUGCAGAUCAGGCUUUACAAGAAGGACGAUCCUACUUUCGACACCACUUCGAUGCUGCAGGAGGACCUCUGGCGCGUCUAUGUGACCAACUUC